AUGGCAGCUGUGAUGUGGACUUUGAUCUUUCUUGUCGCUAAAUUUGCCCUUGGGAGCCCUCUGGUCGAUCCGAGUACAUGUGCUUGCCCCCGCAGCUCAAGUAUCCCAGCUUUGGUAAACUUACCGUCGUGUACCCCCAGUUCAGGUGUGAUCGUUGUCGAAGUUUCUGCGUUCACCUCUGCACAUCUGUUUGACCUCUCACCCCUACCUCAAGGACACGGGACUUCCGAGUUUCUGAGGCUGCAUACAGCGGACGGUAGUGAAUGUGUAGAUGACACUCACUCAAAGGUCAAACAAGGAUCGCAAGAAUUAUGGAUCAGUCCUGACAAGGCUACUUCCACUGGUGCCCAGAUCGUGGAGUACAAUUCUUGUGACGAGCCAAUGCAGUUGGAUAUCACUACAUGGCCCUUUUCCGAGUCUCCAUACACCAACACAUCCAAGUACUCGGACACCGUUCAUUUGACAGCUAAUCCUUGGCAAUGGGACUUGGACACUGGAACCAAGAAAGACAGCGGUCUCAACGUGACGUGCGAAAGUGAUGGUGGAACGACUUCACUUUCCGCCGCGGCUGCAGCCGCUACUGCACCUGUGUCUUGUCCGGAAUAUAAUCUCACAUACAAUAUCAUAUCCAACUACACGGCUGUACAGUCGAAGGUUUGGAACAGCGGUCUGGUCCUCUCGAGCACUAACGACGGCAACACGGGGCCCAACAAGGUCAACGAGACUCGCUCGUGCAUCGACAUGUACAUCCAUUAUACCGUAUACACAUAUGCCAAAUGGCUCGAUAGGGGUGAGAAUAAACCAAAAAGUACCGUAGAUUGCAUCCUGAAAGGGGAUCUCACGGACGACUGUGAGAUUAUGAUCGAUGGUCAGGGGACCAAAUUCCCUAGCUCACACCCAUGCCUCGAAUCUAACUGCACGAAAGUUGAUCCCAGUACAUGCGCUUGUCCCCCUCCGUCCGCCAGUGCAAGCUCCAGUGUAACCUCUACCGCAAGCUCUGCGUCGGUCUCGACGACCAGCGCAGCCUCGAGUAGCGCUCUGAGCAGCGCCUCUAUCAGCGCCUCUAAUAGCGCCUCUAACAGCGCCUCUAAUAGCGCCUCGAGUUCUGCAGCAGCGCCCUCGUGCACAUCGAAAUCGAGUGUCAUCACUAUCAUGGGCUCAGCAUGGACAUCGACCCACGCUAAACAAGGGAAACAAGAAGUCUGGGCGACAUCAGACAAAACUUCGACGGUCUAUCAACAAAACAUAACUUAUUCGGCAUGUGAUGAUCCAAUGCAAUUGGAUAUUACCACUUGGCCUUCAACGUAUCCAUCGUACGCCAAUACGUCUAAAUAUGCCGAGGUGAUCCAUUGUCUCAUCUCUGGAGUCCCGACGUUAGAUUCCACCACCUUGGGGAUCAAUGCCGAUAGCCAAUUCUGGGGAUGGUACUACCUUCCGGAUCGAGCCAAGGGCAAUGGCCUGGUCGUUACUUGCGAAGGGGACGGCGGGACGACAUCUUUGACAGCUCCUGCGGCCACCGUCACCGCUCAGCCUACUUGUCCUACGUAUAAUGUAACAUAUGGUGUCACCGCAGAUUUCAGCGAAGCCCAUAUAUGGAAUGGUCCUGUUCUUCUUCGAAGUCUUAAUGCCAACAGUCCCGGACCGCAAAACGUCACCUUGCCUAGUACAUGCAACGACCCAUACAUUCAUUUCACGGUGUUUACUUAUGCAAGUUGGGAAGAUAGGGAUGCUAAGAAGACUAAAAGUGUCAAAGAUUGUACACUCCAAGGAACACUCUCAGCUAAUUGCGCCAUCAACCUCGAUACGACGGGUGCGGUAUUCCCCAAGACGCCAGCGUGUCUUAAAGCUACUUGUACUGAUGACGGUCCGCCGCCGUAG